AUGAAGUUGAAGACAACAGAUGAUCUUCACAGGGAAGACGAAGAUGAUGAUGAAGUUAUUGAUGUUUUUCACGGAGAUCCAACGAUGUACGAGAGCUAUUGGAAGCAACACGGCGAAAAGGCCAUGGUCGUGAUCCCGGGAUGGAAAUUCACAAGCUAUUUCUCCAGCGCCGAAAAUCUCUGUUGGUUCUUAGAACCGGAGUUCGCAAAUGCAGUAACCCGGCUACACAAUUUGGUCGGGAAUGCCGUCACCGAAGAUCGCAACAUUGUCGUCGGGACAGGCUCGACGCAGCUCCUACAGGCGGCGCUGUACGCAGUUUCUUUGCCGAAUGCCACAGACCCGAUACAAGUAGUCUCAGCUGCACCGUUCUACACUCCGUAUCAGACGAUCGUCGAGUUUCUGAAGUCGGGACUCUACACAUGGGGCGGGGAUGCUUACAAGUUCGACAAGGAUAAGCCGUACGUCGAAGUGGUGACAUCCCCGAACAACCCCGACGGGCAGUCGAGAAGCGCUGUGGUCAACCGACGACGGGGAGUAGUAAUCCAUGAUCUCGCCUACUAUUGGCCGCAGUACACUCCGAUCACGUAUCGAGCUGAUCACGACAUCAUGCUCUUUACGGUGUCGAAAAGCAUCGGCCAUGCCGGUAGUCGACUCGGAUGGGCUCUUGUCAAGGAUCGAAAAAUUGCGAUGAAGAUGACCGAGUUCAUCAUGCUCAGCACCAUCGGCGUGUCGAAAGAGUCGCAGCUUCGCGCUGCGAAGAUCUUUCGAGUCGUAGUCGACGCACAUGAGCAUAGAGACAGCUCAGCGUUCUUCGACCACAGCUAUGAGCUCAUGGCGAGAAGAUGGUGCCAACUUAGAGAAGUCGUCGAAAAAAGUAAUCUCUUUAGUUUGCCGGAGCUUCCCUCGGGCAAGUGCAGCUUCAGCGGUCGAACUUUCACUACACAACCAGCUUUCGCUUGGCUAAAGUGUGAAAGCAAAGCCGAGGAUUGCAAAGGCUUUCUACGCAAUCACAAAAUAAUCGGCAGAGGCGGGAAGCACUUUGGUGACAGUGAGAAGUAUGUUAGGAUCAGUGUUGUGUCCCGGGACAAAGUGUUCGACAAGUUAACAGAGAGAUUGUCAAAUAUAACAUCUUCAUAGUAUCAUGAAAAAU